UUUGCCUUUUUAUUGGACUUCCUGUUACUCUGAACCUUUAAGAAUGUUUAUGGAAGUAUUGGAAAAAAACUAAAUUGAGACAUGAUAGACAUUAAAUGUCUGUCUAUCCAAAAAUCUAUCAUGAUAGACACGAUAGACAUUAAAGAAGUGUUCAUGUUAUAAAAACAGUCCUCAAGAUGCUUUCACAUGAAAACCCUACUUCAGAAAAAAAGCCAAUUAAACUUACUGUUACCUGGCAACCAGGGAUAAUAUUCAUACCUAAGUGUAGCUUUAGAAGCUUUGUGGCUGAUGUUUUACUUCUGUAACUGCAACAGGAGUCUCUGGAAGAAGUGCUACAAGGUUUUUAGCCAGUUGUAUGUUCACCACUCUUGCAAGAGAAUCAAAUCAUGUCGUUUAAAUGAGGACGGACUGGCUCCUGCUGCCUCCCUUAUACAGUGCUCUCUACUAACCCUGUUUUCUUUACAGUUUUGUAUCUUCUUACACUUGUGCUUUCCCUCUUGGGUCCUUGAACUGCUCCGUGUUCCUAUAUCUAUAAUCUCACUUCUGUCUGCAAUUUUAAUUUUAUUACAAUUUUAUUAUUUUACACAAUUCUCACAAUUUAGUGAGUUUCUCAGUAGUCUAAGCCAAAACACAUGCAGCUCAAACCUAGCCCUGGGGUAGGUUAUGCAAGUGCUGUGAAAGGCAAUACCAUUCAUCUCAGCAGACCUACCAGAGUUCAUGAAUGUGUAAUUCCAGCGGUCUCCCGGACCGUGUCUGGGCUGCUUUGCUGGUUGCAGGUAAAACACUAGAAUUCAGCUGCAGCAAGGACCCAACAAACAGCAAUAAAUCAAUCUCUCCUAAUGGAGAGCUAAGGGUUGGGGAACUUAAGUCUUCUGUUUCUAUGACUGUAAAUUUUGAUUUCAGACAGUGGCAUUGAACUGCCAAGAAAAGGGCAACCAUUUCCCUAUCAGUUUACACUUGUAAUUCAUUAUUCAUCAUGCAGAACUAGAGAGCUUAAUUGAAGGUCUUUGAGAGAAGUCUCAAGCAAUACACCACAGCAGUUUUAUAGCUAAGAUGCUGCUGAUUCUUUCCAAAUGAAAUAUAACUCAAUCUAAAAAAAAGCAGUUUGACAGCUUUUUUUUUUAUUUAUUUAUUUUAAGCAUGUUAAUUUGUUUGAAAGAAAAUUAUAAAAAGAAUUGAACAUGGGCUUGAUGUCUGGAAGUUACACAUGAUACAAAACUUUUUAUUAUUAUCAUUACUAAUGUCAUAAUAUGUUUGCUGCUGCAACCAAAAACUUUGUUAAACAGGUUGGUGAUGGAGGAAGACUAGUUCCAGUGCCCAGCCUCAGUGAAGCUGAUAAAUACCAGCCUCUGAGCCUUGUGAUUAAAAAAAGAAAAUGCUUGCUUUCAAAAAAGUCUAAAUUUGCUUCAACACCUUUCACAUUAAAAGACAUUCUUGAAGGGGAGAAAGAAAUUUCUGCAGGUGUCUCAUCUUACCAGUUGCUCAACUAUGAAGACAAAUCCGAUGUUUCGCUUAAUGGUAGAAGAGGAAAUCAGAUAAUGAAUGAUGUUGGUUUUGAUGUUGCUGGAUCAGAUUCCGUUGCCUUUAAAGCUUCAUUUGGCAUAGUGACCAAACACGAGGUCGAAGUACCAAGAUUACUUAAAGAACUUUCUACAAGGAAAAUAAACUUUGAUCAUUGUCUAGUCCAUCAAUUAAGAAAAAGUAGGAUGGAAAUUUUAUGUGUGGUCAUGGAAAGUAUUCGAACUACAAGGCAGUGCUCAUUAACUGUCCAUACUGGAAUGCGUGGAGAGACAAUGAGGUUUCACAUUAUUGAAGAUCAGAAUUCUAAAGGGCGGGACAAAGCCAUUGUUUUUCCUGCACAUACAACUAUUGCUUUUAGUGUAUUUGAACUCUAUAUUCAUUUGGAUGGUAAUUUUGAACUCUGUGUGACUCCAAUUGCAAAAGGAGGAUUUGAAAAAGAGAAAUCUGGACCAUCUUCACUGACCAAACUAAGGAGAUUAAAGAAUAAUCUCUUUCAUCGAAAUAAAGGAGUAGUGGAAAUCAUUGCUAACUCUGAUCCUUACUUGGAGGACCUUUUUACUGAUUAUUAUGAUAAAGCUGCGAGCAUGACCGAUCUCUCUACAAGCUAUCUCAGAGAUGGUUCUCAUAUCCGAAUUAAUUUACUUAACAACAACAUCCCCAAAGGUCCUUGUGUCCUCUGUGGAAUGGGAAGUUCUAAAAGGGAGACAGUCUAUGGAUGCCUGGAGUGUUCUUUUAAUGGACAGAAGUACGUACGACUGCAUGCUGUGCCCUGUUUUGACCUCUGGCACAAGAGACUAAAGUAACUGAGCUAGGUAAGUGCCUAUUGUCACUGACACAGGCAUAACUGUGCCACAGACUUUUCAGACUUAGUAACUAUGACUCAAAUUGUGAAAUGCAAAACAGUGAAAGUGCAAAACAUUUUAUUACACUCUUCAAAUUCUUUGCUUUGGUCAAUGACCUUUUACUUUAAAACACACUCAUGCAUUCCCUGACAUUCGUUUUUUUUCUUUCUAGAGCCUUUUCAUAAUGAAAAAUUUACUUCUAAACUGUAUUUUCAUAAUGUCAAAAUAUAUGCUAAGUUACUUUAAGUUGUUUACACAAACUUGUUGUUAAACCCCCAAAAUGUUGCAUUUCUCUACACUGGCACAUGAUGGCUAAAUUAGAAUGUUUGUUAAUAAUUUAGUGUACUCAUGAAUGAUUAAUUGAAGUAUCAGAUUAAAAAAAAGCUAAAGCUUAGCUCAGUCCAAUGUUCCCUUUACAAAAGGGAACAACAGAAACUACGGAUAGGAGUUUCAUAUUAGGAUGCCUUUGCCGUAUGUCAAGUUUGUUUAAGUCCCUAAAAAGGAACCAGCCAGUCCAUCUUCUACAUUUGGAUUUUAUGUCACAGCUGCUCUUGACUUCCUUUUAUGUGUUCAGAAAAAAAUUGCUUAGCAGAGGAUGUUAUGUAAACUUAUGAAAAUAGCAGAACUGCAAAAUCCAACGAGACUUCAGGGGUGAAGGUCUUUAGCUGGCAUUUCUCAACCACAGAAAAUUAAGCCUGUUGAGAACAGGAACACGGGAGGGCACCACAGAGUUUUGUCCAGGUCUGGGACUGGGCAUGCUCUUUGGUAGGGUACUGUUGAACCUCUCACCAUGCUGUUUUAAACUGGCAAAGAAGAAAACAUUUUUUUACCUUUUAAAGUUAUUUUAAGGAUAAGCCAGGUAUGGAAGAUUUUUCCACUGUGCUGCCACUAUCACUGUGUACAACUGAUUAUUACAUGUUGAAAUGAAUACAAGCCAUUGCUUUUCAUGUGAGAAGAGUAAAGCAUGUUACACAAGUGUUGUAGACAUAAGCAAAACAGUUAAUGGAUAGAUCCAAGUACUUUUUAUUAACUAUUGCUACUUCUUUAUAUUUUUCCAGGGGGGAAACCAGAAUGAUGCCCAAAUAAUUAUUUAUGUUCAUAUGUAGUAUCUCCCAUCAUCUUCAAUCUCAUCUAAGGAAAUUAUGAUAGUGUAGAUUUUUAAUUUGGUGCUGCUGAAUAAACUUGAUAACAAUAAUUUUACUAAAUCAAAGUUUAAAAACUCACUUAAAACAGUGCUUUCUCAUCAACACCAAAUUAUUCAUGCUAAUAUUAUAUCAGAGGUUAUUUUAAAUUGCUUUAAAAACAUUUGUGUUCUUACCUUCACAUUCCAUAGUCAGUGUUCAUUUAUUUUAAGGCCUUUUAUAGUUAAUUGCUGUAAAUGGCUGUUCCUUGAGAAGUUGGCCUAGGAGCCUGCAUGGAUCUAACUGAGCUACAUUCCUGGGCUUCUGUUUUCCCUUUUUAUUUAACAGGGGAUUGAGAAGUGUUCAUCAGUUAUGUUCUAGCUAUGUCAGCAGUUACUGGAUCCAUUUUUACGUGCUCAAGAGGACAGAAAUAAUUAUUUUCAUCAGUAUUUCACACAAUGAGAAAGACUAUUGAACAAUACUGUAGAUCAGAACAUGAUGCAAGAACUACUACUAAUAAUUUUUUGAUUUUAUUUCUUUCUUUUGAAAUAUGUAACAAUUUUAUUAGCUGAAUGUUAAAAAUAAGAUUUUUACAGUCACCUUAAGAGAUAUAAAAAGAUGCCACUAUGAAAAAAAUACAAAAAGUUCUGUGACAAAGUAUUAUUAUUCAGAAUUCAGUGUCCAGAAAACAGCCAAAGAUUUUUUAAGUAUUUAGAGUUCAUCGUGCUGGUAGACAUUGUACUCCUUUGCUGAUAUGAAGCCAUCUCCAUCAUGGUCAUUCUUCUUAAAUAUGUCAGCUAAGAUUUCAUCGUGGGCUGAGGGAUGACGUUUUUUGCCAUCUCUUGCAAAUUCUUCUUUCAAAUACUGGCUUAUCUAGAAAAAAAUAAAAAUCACAACAGUUGGAGGUUUUUCUGCCAGUACUCAACAGCUAUCUUUGAUGACACUUGGGGUACACACCUAAGUUAUUGUGACUCCAGUGCAGACACAUCUAUAGUUUGUCUACAGGAAUCUGAGACAUGUUAAUGUAUUGAAGCAAAUUUCAGCAUUGCACAGUGUAGCUUGUGUAAGCACACAGAAGCCUCAGAUGAUCAACUGCAGCAGAGGCAGCUCAUGUAAAAACUCAUGAAACCAUACCUAUACUAUUAUAAAUUAUUUAUUUCAAAUUAUUUACAUAAAAAUUCAAAUUUAUUAAAAAAAUAUUACCUCAAGUGCAGAGAGUUUCUUGUCACUGUCCUUGUCUAUUUGAUUAAAUGCUUCAACACUACGAGGUCCCUUAUUUACUGCAUAAAGUUCAAUCUCAAAGAUCAGUGUUGCAUUGGGUGGAAUCUUGCUUUGUGC